UCUACUUCUGGUAAAGGUGUUCUACUUUUUAUGGCCAUUUUCUACGUGUCCCAUGACUCAUGGCGAUUUCCUACGAGGGUGGCACGAAAAUUUCCAGUCCACACCCAAUUUCAAGCCCAUUAAUAAUACAUUACAGGUCUUAGUUGUUGUUAUUGUUUUCGUUACAGUUUCAUGGUCGCAUUAUGCAAGAUUUAGUGGUUUUCUGGAUUAACCGGAGGAUUAGGUUUUUUACCCAGUUUGAUUGAUUACUUCCUCGGGUGAUUCAGCCCGAAUAAAAUCGGUUUGCAGUGUCCUCAUGCAAUGGAACAGUAAUUAGCACUUUCAUUAACCGGUCUCGUACUAUUUCGAUUCAAGGCUGAUCAUUUUUGUGCGCGUUCGGCAUUCGUAAUUCCCACAAAGCUGUCCGGCAGUGCGUGCGCCAUCUGUGUGUGGGGGGUGGAACGUUUUGUCCGCUUGCAAACCUACAUCUCAGGCGGCUUACAACCUGAAUGACUUAUUGAGCCCGACAAUAGAGGGCCGGUUGACGUUUAAGUGACAUUAACUGUAAACAUUAAACAGAAAAAAUUAAGUUUAAUGACACAGAACCUCCUCACAAAAUGACCGACUACUACAAAUCGUUAGUGACCGACGAGGAGGUUAUUUCAGCCCUCAUAACGGAGUCCAAGGUCAGAAUGGGGCUCCUGGCCCCCGAGUCAACGAGGUUGAAGCCCAACCUGAACUUCUUCCAGCGCACCGUCAACCACCUCGUGUCGUCCAACAAAAGAAUAAACAAAAAGCAGGAGGAGGUGAGACAGGAGAACUCGCACUACCGUCCCAAACGUAAGAACCCGAAGUACGAACCGCCGCCGCGGUCGCAGAAAGAGGGCCCCAAGAGCAAGAUGUGGUUCAACAAGAUCAACUUCAUCAAGUCGUACAUCAAUUCGAACGACAGGAACGACAAGGAGCCGCCGGGGAGGUCGAGGAAGAGGAGGAACUCGAGCUCGUCCAGCUCCAGCUCCAGCAGCAGCGGCACCUCCAGCGACUGCGACAGUUCCAAGUCGUCCAAACCCAGUAUUAAAACCACCAAAGUCUGUGAUAGAGAUGAAGUAAUAAACAUAUCCAGCGACUCAAAUUCCAGCGUGGAAUUUGUUGCUGAGGUCAAGAAGUAGAUAUUAUGGAAGCAAUGGAGUCUAUUUUUGUACAAAAUUUCGAAAAUGUGAUUGGAAAAGACUGCAAUACUAACAAAGUACGAUUCCAUUCAUAACUAGUCAGAUGAUAAUUGUAUUCAUUCAUGUAUUUUGUUAUGUUGUUCAUUAAAUUGUGUUUGUUCAUUACUUGACUGAUUCGCUCAAACACUUGUGUUCCAUUUAUGAACUGUAAAAUUGUGCAAUUUAGUUUUUAUAAAUUGAUAUAAUUUAAUAAAAGGCUUACAGUUACCGAAA